GCCUUCGAGGAGCCGCCGCCGCCGCCGCCGCCGCUUCCCCGCCUCGCCUGCCCUGGAGGCGGACGUGGCGAGGAGGGCUCUGUCGACGAUCGCCGGGCGAGCUUGCUUUCCGGAUCAGCCCGGCAGCCUGCGCGAGGCCGCGGCGGUUCGUGGGUGGCCACAAUCUGGCGGGGGAGGCAGGCUGCCCACUCCUGGCCGGCACUUGGCGCGACUUCAGAGGUUGUCUCGCUCCUUCAUGUUGCCGGCCACGACUCAACCUCGCCCGCCCUCCCCGUUGGCUCAAUCGGAGCCCCUUUAGCCGGAGCCGCGCCUCUCUGGAGGAAGGGGUCCCGGGCGGCGGCGGGGCGCUUCUUCUCCCUUUGCCCGGACUUGCUGUUCCCGGAGCCAGGGAAAGGGGCGGUUCCGGGGCCGCGUUCCCGCAGACUGCCCGAGGAGCGCCUGGAGCGGGGCGUCACCUGGCGGCCCCCGAGCCCCCGCCGUCCCGCCUGGACUGGGCGCUGCCCGGCCGCCCUUGUCCCGCCAAGGAGCCGCGGGGGGGGGAGGCGUUUCGUGCCGCUCCCUCCCUCCUUCGCCGCGUUGAGGUACCCGAAAGGCAUCUGCCAUGGAAGCGGACGGCGAAGGGGAAAUGGAACUCCUGAGUAGCAGCAUUGCAGCCUAUGCACACAUCCGAGAGAACCUGGAGAGUGUGGGCCUCUACUUUGUGCUGGGUGUCUGCUUUGGUCUGGUGCUGACACUCUGCCUGCUGGUCAUUCACAUCUCAUGGCACCCUCAAGCCAUUCCCGCCAAGCGCCGAAAGAGCCUGCAGGACUUGAGUGAGGGGGAGGAGGAGGAAGAAGAAGAGGAGGAGGAGGAGGAGGAAGAGGAAGAAGACACAACCAACCACACCCUUUCUCUCCCGCCCUUAGCCAUGACAGAGCUGCCCCUGGUAUCCCCCAGCACCCCCGAUGGAACCCUCACAAUCAACGUCUUUGCCUCGGCUGAGGAACUGGAACGUGCCCAGCGUCUGGAGGAGCGCGAGAGGAUCCUCAGAGAAAUUUGGCGUAAUGGGCAACCGGACAUUCUGGGAACUGGGACUGGGACCAUCGGGAGAGUCCAUUACUAUUGACCAACCUCUUCUUUCCUGCCUAAGCUGAGUAGGCAACUGGCCUGCAUUCCUUGAGGCACGGCGACAGUCACGGACCUUGAACUAAGGGGGAUAAUGGCGGGUGGCAGAGGAGAGGUCUUCCCCAGAGCGAGUGACUCUGACUGGGAGCUUCCAGGAGCAGUUGGGCAGGACUAUGUCACUUAAGAGGAUCACUCCCAGGUACCUGCUUCUCUGACCCUGUGGGGGUGGGGAGGAAGGGAGUCUAUCAUGGGUUCUGGAAAGUUCUUACGGCAACCCCUGAUGCUUCUGGAAGGGAGGAGGCUUGAGGCCUGCUUGGUGGAAGGAUACAAGACCUUCGGGGGGUUGAAGCCUCCAACCGCUGAAGAAGCUGGGUUCAGUAUGAGCAGCCCAGCCCAAUCUUAGCUGAGCUGCUUGCCCAGGGCUGACACUGUGCCCAGGGAUGUGCUCUGCACCCCCUUUCUCCCCCCAGCUGGUGGGCAGGCUCUUCUCUCAAUUUGCCAAGCCAUAGGAAAUCAACCCCCCCCCCACACACACAAUUCCUUAUCUGAAGUACUGUAUCUUAUCCCAGGCUACCCUCCUACAACAUGGCCGACUCCUGGAAUUUCCUCUGCGGAGGAAUUUCUUGUUUUCUAAAAAGGGGUUCAGCAGACGGGCAGAGGGAAGUCUGCCUUUCGCGGACUGAAGAUGGGGCUGGCAGAGACGGGCUACAGGGGUUCUCUGCAUUUUGUUCUGUUAGUUCCUCAGUGCCUACAGGGGUUAACCAAUCGGUAGCAAAUACUCCAUUUAGUAUGUAAAACUUUGCCUUAUCUUUUAUAAAACAGAAUUUUUCCAGUGCAGUAGUUCUUGUGGUGCUCAGCGCUCAAUCCCUUAGGCUGCUUGUGGGGAGUCAUUCUUCAAAAAUGCCCCAGUGCCUGCAGGUGGGGUGGGGGGGAGAAAGCCACCAGUUUUGUAUCGCUUGGAAAGAAUUGCAUAGAUUCCUUCAAAGGGUACUUUUAUAGUACAAUUUACAGAUUACAGAUUAACAGAGUUGGAAGGGACCUUAUAGGUCAUCUAGUCCAACCUCCCCCCACCCCGCUCAAGCAGGAGAUCCUAUAUCAUUUCUGACAAAUGGCAGUCCAAUUUUUUCUUGAAAGUCUCAAGUGAUGAAGCUCCCACAACUUCCGAAGGCAACUUCUGUUCCAUUGGUUGAUUGCUCUCACUCUCUCCUUGGUCAGUUUCCAUCCAUUAUUCCUUGUCUGACCUUCAGGUGCUUUGGAAAACAGCUUGACCGCAUCCUCUUCUCUGUGGCAGCCCCUCAAGUAUUGGAAGAUUGCUAUCAUGUCUCCCCUGAUCCUUCUCUUCACUAGACUAGCCAGGCCCAGUUUACAUAACCGCUCUUCAUAUGUGUAAAUCUUCAGUCCCCUAAUCAUCCUGGUUGCUCUCCUCUGCAUUUUUUCUAGCGUCUCAAUAUCAAUUUUAAUAGUGUGGUAACCAAAACUGGAUGCAAUACUGUAGGUGUGGCCUUACUAAGGCUUUAUAAAGUGGUAUUAGUACCUCA